UCUCCCCCCCCCCCCCCCCCCCCCCCCGGCUGGUGGCCCUGACCUUAGUCUCCGUGCUGUUUCUAGCUUGAAUCCCACCCGUGACUUUCAGGAUGAAGUUUCAUCUUCAGUGUGAUCACUGUAGUGCCCUUGCAGCUGCUCUGUCACUUCCCACAACUUCUAGUUGGAGUGUCUCUAGUUUUUCAAGUGUGCCUUGCUACCUUCUUCUGGGAACUCUCCUUCUUCAGAAUCCCUCCCUGCCAUCUUUCCCUCCACUCCAAGCUGGACCUCCUGGGUCCUAGAGGUCUGGGCAGUAGGUUUGUGCCUGCACUGUAUGGGUACUGAUGUUAGUGAAAUAAAAUUGGAAAUUCAUUCACAAGCCUUGUGUGGCAUCCUUUCUUCAGACAUAAUUGACUGUGGGUGAGGGUUUAGAGAACCAGUCAGCCUACUGUGGGCCUUGCCAGCCUCUGGAGUCAGCCUGCACCAUGCUCAUUUUCUGUAUGCUAGCCACAUCGGCCUUCUUUUGGUCUGCAUGCAGUCUUUUCAGCGUCAGGCCUUUGCACCUGUUGCUCCUCUGUGUGGAAUUCUACAUACCUCCUAUACAGAGAUUACACCUAGUCACCACUUGCCCAGAAAAACCUCUGACCACCUGGAUUAGGACACACACAUGCUUCUAAGAACUUGCCUUUACACUGUGUCUUUUCCUAUGAGGACCUGUCCAAGUUGUAACUCUUUUGUGUGAUUACUAUGUCGAUUCCUAUCCCUCUUGCCUGUGAGCUCUGCAAAGGCAGGAACUCUGUCUGGUUUUGCCCAUUUUGUAUUCUCCAGUAACCAGCACAGAGUCUGGGGUCCAGUAACUGCUCUGGUAAUACCUUGUGAGUGAAUGGAUGGGUGAAUGGGUGGGCAGUUUCAACAGUAGUUUGGCCCUAGCAUGUUAGUGGUUCCUCUAGGAGUGACUCCUAGAGAAACCCGAAGGUUUUUCCCCUCAAGGACUAACUGCUUUGUAUCAUGGGUUUCCCAGGACUCUUUUUUUUUUUUUUAAUGUUUGUUUAUUUUUGAGAGAGAUACAGAGUGCAAGCAGGGGAGGGGUAGAGAGAGAGAGACAGAAUCUGAAACGAGCUCCAGGCCCCGAGCUGUCAGCACAGAGCCCAACGCGCUGCUCAAACUCAUGAUCAACUCAGGAUCCGCGAGAUCAUGACCUGAGCCGAAGUCGAAGGCUUAACCAACUGAACCACCCAGGCGCCCCCCAGGACUGUCUCUUAAUAAAAGAAUCCUCCCUCUCCUCUUCCCUCUCCAUUUCACACUCAGCCCCAGCCUGGCUUAAUUCUCCACCCUGUAACAGCUGCUUUCAUCUUCCUGUCUCCACGGUUAGGACUGUCACUGUUCCCGCAGGUUUGGCACACCUACUGGUGCUGCCCUUAGAAGUCACUGCAUAUACUCCUUUAGAAAGCUAAAACGUCAUGUUAAAGAAGUGGCCCUGCACUCAGGCAGCCAGGGGCUCUGUGGGAGGAAGAAACCUGCGUCUGGUUGCCCUGGCCUCAGAAGUCAGCUGCAGCGUACUGGGCACAGAUGGGCAAGGGCUCUUGUCCUGCGACAGCGCUGUCGUCACAGGGCUUCCUGAACUUACAGGAGCGAGAUCACUUCCCAGUCACACGGCUGAGAAGCAGCAGGGACAGGAGAGGAACCCAACCUUGUCGGCUCCAGAACCCAGGGCUCCCCUACAAACUAGGUCGCCUGCUUCCAGAGUAUGGCCUGGUUUGUGAAGUUGGUACCCCCUGCUGACAUUUUCCUAGCAACAAUAGUUUCCCUGCAGAUGAGGGGGAGGAGGAGCCAGGAGACCAUUCCCCUUCACCACAAUAGGAAGCUGAGGCCUAGCAGGGGUCUACAGGGGCAGAUGGCAGGCAGGCUAGGGCACAGACCCCCGAGCCUUGGGAGCUGGAUCCGUGCCCCCUCCCCUGGCGCCUGCGCACUGCAGUUCUGUUCCCGCCCAACCCCGCCCAAUCGCCCGGGUUUUCAAAUUUGAAACCUGCUCCUUUUCCCGCCCGAACUUGUAGGGCAGCGGAGGGGGAGGGUGGGGCCGAACGCAGCCAAUAGUGCCUCACAAGCUCCCCGGCCCCGCCCUGAAGGUGACGACAGCAAGCCGCAGUAGGCAAUGGGCAAAUGGGCAAAGGUGCCCGCUGGCCCCGCCUCCGUGGCGCCCACGUGCAGCAGUCGAGCUGGGGCCUCCCAGAGACCACGGGUGCCCGGAUUACCAUUAGGGGCAGAGUCUUCGCUAUCAACUCCGGGCUGGAAACUGAGGCCCUGAUACUCCCAAGUAGUCGGCGUGGGGUCGCUGAACGAAAUGGGCAAGAUGCGGCCCCAUUCAGCCUGGGGACUCACUCAAAAACUGGGCCUGGAGGAAGCGCCCGUGGCAGCCCUGGGAGUCUGAGGGGCCGGGCUGGCUCGUGGAGGUGGGCUGCGGUUCCCUGGUCCCUUUCCAGAGGGGCGGGGCCAAGAACUGGGCCGUCCGGGGGCGGGGUGUCUCGGAGGCGGUGCCGGGGCCCCUGUGUUUGUUGCACCGUGUCAGUUACAUUGUAACAAAAGUGGUGCAGCCGCUCUUAGGGCCAGCACUUUAGGCCCGCUCGCCACCAGCUGUCUCCGACAUGGAACCUGUGGCCAGCAAUAUCCAGGUCCUGCUGCAGGCGGCCGAGUUCCUAGAGCGCCGCGAGAGAGAAGCUGAGCAUGGCUACGCGUCCCUGUGCCCGCACCGCAGUCCGGGCCCAGCCAACAAGAGGAGGAAGCGAUCCCCCCAAGCUUCUGGCACGCUGGACAGUGGGCGGUCUGUGCACAACGAGCUGGAGAAGCGCAGGAGGGCCCAGUUGAAGAGGUGCCUGGAAGAGCUAAAACAGCAGAUGCCCCUCGGGGCUGACUGUGCCCGGUACACCACACUGAGCCUUCUGCGCUGGGCCAGGAUGCAUAUCCAGAAGCUUGAGGAGCAGGAGCAGCAGGCGCGGCGGCUCAAGGAGAAGCUGCGCAGUAAGCAGCAGAGCCUGCAGCAGCAGCUGGAGCAGCUCCGGGGGCUGGCAGGGCCAGGUGAGAGGGAGCGGCCGCGGGCAGACAGCCUGGACUCUUCAGGCCUCUCGUCGGAGCGUUCGGACUCAGACCAAGAGGAGGCAGAGGUGGACGUGGAGAGCCUGGUGUUCGGGGGCGAGGCUGAGCUGCUGCGGGGCUUCGGCGCAGGCCAGGAGCACAGCUACUCACACAGCAGAACCACCUGGCUAUGACCUUCACCGCCCCAAAGUGGGCCUCUACCCUCAGACUACUCUCCGCUCUGCCGGCAGGAGUCCUCCCCAAAGCCUCAGGGGCUGCUCGGAGUCACCUCCUGUUGCAAUGGACUAAAAGGACCCUUGUGUGGGAAUAGGUGCCUGCCCCCAACCUUGCCGCCGGCUGUCCCUCCUGGGGGAGGGGUGCCUGGGUUUCCCCUGAGCCCCAUGGGGCAGGCAGCUUAGGCCUGGGCCACUCUUCCAGGCCUUUUUUUUGUAGCACUUGGCUCUGCUGUCCCCAAGGGGGCAGGAAGUCUCUUGGGCCUUCACAUUCCUUCCUAGACAAGGCUCUCUGGCCUUUGUCCCAGAUACUGUACAGUAUUUUCAUUAAAAGCCUCUUUACUAACUUCCUGUACAUGGUCUUGCCCGAUGAAAAUGGGGAACUCCCAGCCGCAGACAAACUGGAAAAGAGGAAAUGAGAUCAGUAGCCAUUACUGACACUGUUGACCAUACCAGCCGUGUCCCUUUAAUUUUCACAGUUGGGGGCUGUCUGUCCCCAGUUCAUGGGCGGGACGAGGCUGAGUGAGAUGACUUGCCUGAGGUCCAAAGCCAGGAGAGCACAGAGUCAAGAUUCAAACUAAAGCUUUCUGACUCCAGAGCUAGGGCUGACUGAAUUCAACAAGUAUUUAUUGAGUGCCUGUUAUGUGCUAGGCAUUGUUCCAGGUACUUGGGACACAUAUAAAGGUCCCUGCCCUCAUGGAGCUUACAGUCUAGCAUUUAUUACCACUGCAUCUGCACAAUGCCUGUGACCCUGGGCACUUCACCGCGCCUCUCUGUGCCUGUCCUCAGCUGCCCGAUGCGGGAGUAAGCAGGCCCAGCUCAGACAUGGUAACAUGCCUGGUGCACUGUAAAUGGCAAACGGGACACCCACCCCCAACCCACCACCCAGACAGUAGAAAGGGCUGGAAGUUGACUUUUAAUAAUAAAGUACAAGGGGGAAAGGGUAGAGGGAUUUGAGCCGGGUGGUCAGGUGUCCUACCGCACCAGGGCCUGGGCUAGCUACACAAACUGCUGCUGCUGCUGCUGCUGCUUGGUGGCCGCCUUGCUGGCAAGGUCCUUGGCCUUCUCUGUAGCUGCCAGUGCCGUCUCCUUUGCCUUCUCCUUGGCCUCCUUGGCUGUCUCAACAAGGGUUUUGGAAGGGGCCUCACCUGCAGCAAAGGGCAGGGGCUGGCUUCAGAGGAUGCCAAGAGACCUAUUUCAUCACCCCUCCAUGACACUCACCCUCUUUGGGCCAGGCCCCACUGGAAAGGUGGUAUUUGCCCCAGGGGAGAGAUCAGGAGUCCCAGGCUUAGAGUGGGGUGGUGAUAGCCACAGACUCCACACAAAUCAGGGCAGCUAGGACUUGACUCCAGCUUCUCUUUGUGCCCAGAGCCCUCACCUUGCAGCUUGGCCAGGAUGUAUUCAAAGCCCUUCAUAGUCUUGGUCACAUUGCUUUUGAACCGGGCAAGGCCAAAUUCCUGGCAAAAGAAGAAAGGGGUAAAGCUUUGGAGCUUCCCACUGAUCCCUAGCCAAGCCUUUGUGCCAAAUGCCUGGGCCCCCAAAGACCCAGCACCCCCACAAAGCUGCUCACCUGGACAGCUCUGGAGACACCAAAUAAACUAGAGGAGACCCAGGCUUCCCGGCGGAUUUCGGUCCAGCCGCUGUUAUCAGAGUUCACACAGUAAACACAUCGUUCCUCCACCACCUGUGCGGGGAAUCAGGCCAACCACAACUGUAGGGGUGUCUUUCACUUUACCAAACUUGCACAUCAAUGUGAUCCCCUGCCUCUCUUUCACAAGGUAAGGCAAUAAAAUGAAAACGUACUUCUUUCACUUACUGUAUGCCAAAUCUGCAUUUUAGGAAGAGCAAGAACAUAAAAAAGGCCAUUUUGCUAACACCUCUCCUCUAACUCUUCAAACUAAAAGGCAUACAGACUCGAGAUCAGUAGGGUGCCUUCCAGCUCUAUCCUGGUCCUGGAUUUUGUUUGCUAGGUUUCCAUGCAGUGCUUUUAGCCUGCCUUCCACCACUACAGCUCUUGAGCUCCCAUUUCCAAAAUGGAAAUCUGGCAAUCGUCACAGCUCAUUAUCAGAGAAGUGGACCAGUAUUUCCAAAAGAAACAUUUAAAACACAUGUCUUGACAGCUGGAUCACUAUCUUUGUAAUUUAUAAAAACAGGUUAUGCCCUCAGGAUAGUCUGCUGUGAAGCCUUCAGAAAACUCUGGGGGAGAAUAUCAAGGUGCCUGCUCACUCUGUGACCUUGCAGGACACUUCCCCUCUCUGAACCUCACUUCCCUCUUUGCAUAAUAGAGAGUAAUUCCCACCUUUCCAGGGUCACUGUGAAGAUUAGCUGAGAAAGAGAAUGAAGAGUUCUCUGAAAGCUUUUAGAAUAUUCACAAGCGAGAAAAUACUGCACUAGCUUUCUUUAAAGUUUUCAAGCUUUUUUAUGUGCAAAAAAUCAAAACGUGUAUGAACCUCUUCCACCAAAAUCUCAGACAAAAAUCCAUUAUAUAAGACAGAUAAAUGUCUUAAUAAACAUCAUAAGACAGAACUCCUCUAAUUAUGGGGCAAGAGGCCCAGAACCUCUCCCCUCUGAGGCACAAAGGAAUUCCUUAUGGCUUGAUGGACUCAUGUUUGAAAAUUACCACCUCCCUUCCUCAGCAUCACUCCUGUGAGCCCAAACUAUACAUGUGCCAGGCACAGUGAGGGUACUCUGUAUUUAGUACUUGGAACAACUCUGUAGAACAGGUACCCUCAGUAUCAGUGAGUUAAAAGACUGGUCCAGAGAUACUAACCAGCUGAAAAGAUCAUCUGAGUUACACUCUAGAGCUAUCACUCCCUAGUAACAGAUCUGCCCC